AUGAAUAAAAGUAGUAAAGAAAUAUCCUCAGGGCCGUGUGCAAUAAAUGAAGAAGAUAAAUUUUUUAAUACGUCAUUUAAAUAUGUAUUAUCAGCAUGUAUUGCCUCCUUUAUAUUUGGAUAUCAAGUGAGUGUUUUAAAUACAAUAAAGAAUUUUAUAGUAGUGGAAUUUGAAUGGUGUACAGGUGAUAAUAGGUUGGAUUGUCGUGAGAAUACUAUUAAGAGUUCAUUUUUAUUAGCAUCUGUUUUUAUUGGUGCUGUGAUUGGUAGUGGGUUUUCAGGGUAUUUAGUGCAAUAUGGGAGGAGAUUUGCAAUACUAGUAAUAUAUUAUUUUUUCGUUUUUGUAAGUUUUUUAACAUCAAUUACUCAUCAUUUUCAUACAAUUCUAUUUGCUCGUUUGUUAAGCGGCUUUGGUAUUGGUCUUAUAACAGUUAGUGUGCCAUUGUAUAUUUCAGAGAUGACACAUAAAGACAAAAAAGGAGCAUAUGGAGUUUUGCAUCAACUUAGUAUUACGUUUGGUAUAUUUAUAGCUGUAUUGCUAGGACUAGCCAUGGGUGAAGGACCGAAGGGUGAAUCAAAAGAGCCUUUGGGAAAUUUUGAAAAAAUAUGGUGGAGGCUUAUGUUUUUUAUGCCCAGCAUUAUUUCAAUUGUUGGUAUAUUUCUUUUAGUAGUAUUUUUUAAAGAAGAAACACCAUAUUUUUUAUAUGAGAAAGGUAAAUUGGAAGAGUCAAAAAAAAUUUUAAAAAAAAUAUAUGGUAGUGAUGAUGUAGAUGAACCUUUGAAUGCAAUUAAAGAAGCUAUUGAGCAAACCGAGUCAGCUAAAAGAAAUUCUUUAUCCUUAUUAAAUGCAUUAAAAAUACCAUGUUAUAGAUACGUUAUAUUAUUGGGAUGUAUUUUAUCCGCUUUUCAACAAUUCACAGGUAUAAACGUUUUAGUCUCAAAUUCAAAUGAGUUAUAUAAAGAAUUUUUACCAAGUGAAUGGAUAACAAUUUUAAGUGUUAUCAUGACUAUAGUUAAUUUUUUGAUGACUUUUCCAGCUAUUUAUAUCGUUGAAAAACUGGGUAGGAAAACUUUAUUAUUAGGGGGAUGUUUUGGUAUUAUAUGUGCUUAUGUACCUACAGCUAUAGCAAAUUUAAUAAAUAAAAAUUCAAAUCCUGUGAAAGUAAUAUCUAUAGUUGCAACAUUUAUUAUGAUUAUUUCAUUUGCUGUGUCAUAUGGUCCUGUUUUGUGGAUUUAUUUACAUGAAAUGUUUCCUUCAGAAAUAAAAGAUAGUGCAGCUACAUUAGCUUCACUAAUUAAUUGGUUAUGUGCAAUUAUUGUCGUUUUUCCAUCCGACAUUAUUAUUAAGACAUCUCCUGCAAUACUUUUUAUUAUAUUUGCCGUUAUGUCAGUCGUUACUUUCUUAUUUAUUUUCUUUUUUAUUAAAGAAACAAAAGGUGGAGAAAUUGGAACAAGUCCAUAUAUUUCGAUGGAAGAAAGGCAAAAAUACAUGACCAAGUCAGCAGUUUGA